CAUACGCCAUCCUGGCUCGAUCACAACCCAACCCUAACGCUCACCGCCUCCGAAAUAUCCGGCCAUUCCCUAAUUCCGCCGCCGCCACCCCAUUAUUCUCCCAUCCUCUCCUCACUAGACCAUCCGUUCGCCGGUAGCCGCGGGCGGCGUGGUCUCCGGGAAGCGUGCAGCCUGAAGUCUCUACUUCCUGAGAACGGCCGGUACGGCCUCUCCCAUUCUCUCCUUCGCUCCGCACCAUGGUUUCGGGGUUCAUGCUAUUCUUGGCCGAGUGGAGAUUCUAAGCUGUUCGUGUUAGUAUCGGUAGUGGCUAAGGGAAUCAACCAUGGCGACCCGCAUUCAGUUCGAGAACAAUUGUGAAAUUGGCGUUUUCUCCAAGCUAACAAAUGCCUACUGUCUGGUGGCAAUUGGAGGGUCAGAGAACUUCUACAGUGCGUUUGAGGCUGACCUUGCAGAUGUCAUUCCUGUGGUCAAGACCUCUAUAGGUGGCACUAGAAUAAUCGGACGACUCUGCGUUGGAAACAAGAAUGGACUUCUGUUGCCUCAUACUACCACUGACCAAGAACUUCAGCAUCUGAGGAACUGCCUGCCUGAUCAAGUUGUUGUUCAGCGUAUCGAUGAAAGGCUGUCUGCUCUUGGCAAUUGUGUAGCCUGCAAUGACCAUGUUGCACUUACACACCCUGACCUUGACAAGGCAACUGAGGAGCUAAUUGCAGAUGUGCUUGGCGUUGAGGUGUUCCGGCAGACUAUUGCAGGAAACAUCCUUGUGGGAAGUUACUGCACGUUCUCUAACAGGGGUGGCUUGGUCCAUCCUCAUACAUCCAUUGAAGACCUUGACGAACUGUCCACACUCCUGCAAGUCCCUCUAGUUGCUGGAACUGUGAACAGAGGCAGCGAGGUCAUUGCUGCUGGCAUGACCGUGAAUGACUGGACAGCCUUCUGUGGCUCAGACACGACAGCCACCGAGCUCUCGGUCAUUGAAAGCGUCUUCAAGCUGAGAGAAGGGCAGCCCACCGCGAUCGUGGAUGACAUGAGGAAGUCUCUGAUAGACAGCUAUGUGUAACUGAUGUCUUGUAGAUGUGGGUCUAGAGUAUUAACUGGACCAAGAGUAGCAAAACUUUUACCAGUUACAGUUCGUGCUGUAUCUUUGGCUUUUGAAUUGUAGACUCCGUGGUUCUACUUUGUUCAGUCAAAGCUCACGGUAUGUUUGUCC